AUGACACUACCAUCAUCCAAUUACGAAUUCUGGACGCUAGACAAACUCUGGACCUUCAGCUUCUGCAAUGUCUUUGUGUCAAGCUCACCCUGCUUGAAAGAGGAGCUAGAAGCGCACCAGUUAAGACAACAUGAAGGGUCGAUAUUGCGAAUAGUAUGCGACCUGCACGCAUUGCUGAGAUUUGAAGCGAUGAUACGUCCUGAUUGUGUACAUCUAUAG